AUGAGCGUACUUGUCAAAGAGAAAGGUGUGAAAAUAGAGGAGUUGUUAAGUAAUCUCAGAAAGUUACAACAAGUCAAGCUAGUUCUUGAAGAGGAAGUGAAGAAGGCCCUUGUUCUGAGAAAUACUUUACGUGAUGAAGAGAAUGCAUUGACUGCUGAGGUCUUAAAGCUACAGGGAAUUUUGAAUGAAAAAGAAGGUAUAGUAAACUGUACCAUAUCCAAGCAGUCUGAGCUAAGACAACAGAAAGAGGAACUUGUACAGCAGUACUGCUGUCAGAUUCAGGAAACCAAACUGAGACACAGGAAAAUUCGGAUGAAGUUUGAAAAUCAACUGCUGCAGCUGAUUGGACAGCAUAAGAAUUUAUACACUAUGUUUACUCCAGAGAGACUUCCUACUGAGGUACAAUCUGCUGAAUACACCACAGAGCAGUUGCUGAAAGCUGAGAAGCAGAAGAUGGAGCAGCUGGCAAAUUUGCAGGUAGAGCUGAGUAAUAUCCAGAGCACAAAUAUGCAUCAGGAUGCUGUGACACAGAUGCAUUGGUGAACCUUUUGUUACAUGUUUCACAUACCUGAGAUACACACACACAUACA